UAAAAGUAGAAAGCACUGUCAUCGUAGCGUCCUAGACUUGACUCAUCGUUAAGGAAAUAUAACACAUAAUCAAGUUGCAAAGUCGCUCUAUGAAGAUUGCUUCUGCGAUGGAAAGGCAGCAUCUAUAAACUGCUCUAUCGAGAGUUCACCGUUUUCGUUGUGCUGUACAGUGUCCUCAGCAUCGUAUACAGCUCCUCAGGAUGACACAAACAGCACAUUGUCUGAAUACUCUUUGUUCAGUUUUUAGAGCAACAAGAACAGCUUCCUUUUUGAACAUAUCCUCUUUUACAACAUGUCUCACUGUUGCCACCCACAAGAAAAAAACUGGACUGGGAGUCACGGCCUUCCUGGAACCCAGUCUGUUGGCUCUCAGUGUACCUAAUCAGCCAAUAUUGGUCAAGUAUAGCAUUCUUAAAGCUGCUGUCUUCAUGGCCCAGAUUUCACCUCCCCAGUGAGCUGAGAGCUAAGACUACUAUCGCAUUCCUCAGGCAACAUCAGAUUUUUAUCCUGUAUGACGGAUUCAAAUUGGCAAAGCUCACCUGGCAUACAGCAAAAGCUAUAUCGUGGCAGAAAAAGCAAGCACAUCUCAGAAGCCAAUACCCCAUUAAGACUACUUUUCAGCUUGGAAGGCAACAGGAGCGCACAUUAGGCCUGUUUGAAAGCUGCAGCCUAUUUUUCAAUGGAGUGCAAGCUUGCGCUGUCUGGAAGCAGCCCGGUUUGUCUUUCCCGAGCUCCCCGCUUUUAAAGCGAGUAAAGGUAUCGCCCGGCCCCAGGUUUCUACGUGACGCUGGUGGUGAACCGCUGGUGGAACCAGUUUGUGAACCUGCCGUGGCCCGACCGGCUGAUGCUGCUGAUCUCCAGCUGCGUGCAGGGCCGGGACGAGCACGGCCGCCUGCUGCGCAGGACGAUGAUGCGCUACAUCAACCUGGCCUCGCUGCUCAUCUUCCGCUCCGUCAGCACCGCCGUCUGCAAGCGCUUCCCCACCAUUGACCACGUGGUGGAAGCAGGUUUUAUGACAGCAGAGGAAAGGAAGGUAUUUGAAAAUCUCAAAUCACCCCAUCUGAAAUACUGGAUCCCAGUAGUGUGGUUUGCAAAUCUGGCCUCUAAAGCCCGGAAGGAGGGCAGAAUAAAGGACAGCGUGGACCUGCAGACCAUCAUGAAUGAAAUGAACAAAUUCAGAACUUGGUGUUCAACCCUGUUUGGCUAUGACUGGGUGGGAAUUCCUCUCGUCUAUACGCAGGUCGUCACUCUGGCAGUCUACACCUUUUUCUUUGCCUGUCUGAUUGGGCGACAGUUCCUGGACCCUAAACAGGGCUACACUGGUCACGACCUGGACCUCUACGUGCCCGCCUUCACCCUGCUGCAGUUCUUCUUCUAUGCCGGCUGGCUCAAGGUAGCAGAGCAGCUCAUCAACCCCUUUGGAGAGGAUGAUGACGACUUCGAGGCGAACUGGUGUAUCGACAGAAACCUGCAGGUGUCUCUGAUGGCUGUGGACGAAAUGCACAUGAACGUCCCUCGGAUGACGAAGGAUAUCUACUGGAACGACUCCGAUGUCCGGCCUCCAUACACCUUGGCCGCCGCAGACUACUGUAUCCCCUCCUUCCUGGGCUCCACCACUGACAUGGGCCUGUCGGACAUCGAUGUUCUUUACUACGACGACGUCAUGCCGGAGGAUUACCAGCCCCGCCGGCAGAUGUCGGUGUUGGGCAGAGUGCGCCGGCUGCUCAGCGUGCAGGACCCCCCGGACCUCUCCCCCCGCCGCCCCUCUUUCAAGCGCAACAGCAGUGAGUUCUCCAGCGUCUUCUUCCCUUUCCCCCUGGACCAAAACCUCCAGCUUGGUGCCGAGGAGCUGGGCAACAAAUUCAACCUGUCGGGCCUGCAGGAGCCCCAGGCGAAAGCCUGCCCAGACCACCUUUCCACGCUGCGGGAGGUCAGCGCCCCCUCUACCCCCGAAAAGCAGCUCCGCUCGCCCACCUUGCGGAAGGUUCCGGAAGUGGUGGUCAUUCCACCCCAAGGCAACAGCCUGCACAGGCAGCAGGACAAUCGAGACACCCAGGGGCCUGAGCUCCCCCAGGAAGGCCCUGGGAAGGGGACAAGAGAGUCUUCCAGUGAGCGGGAGCCAGACCAAGCAGCAGGGAGGCCAAAGGAUCAGGGUUCCAGCAAACAGAGGUGGAGCGUACCGGCGCCAAAAAAGAAACUGAAGAGCCGUCAGCUCUUCCGCCGGGUCUCCAAGGCCUCGUUAAGUAGCCUGCCCAGUCCCAAUGGCCUGGUGGGGAGGAAGAGCCUCACUGGGGCGACCAACACCCCUUCGAAGCCAGCCCUGAGCACCAGCCAGGCUGCGACCAGUGACUCAGAGGAGCUCCGGGAAACGGACAUCUUGGAAUCCAACAGCGAGGAGAGCCAGAGCACGAGGCAGACGCACUCUCCGGACUCCUAGCAGGCAAUCUUCCAGUAGGGCCUUCGGUGUGGUUAGAUCUCAAAUACAGAGCGGUGGGAUUCGUCUACAAAAUGUGAAACAACUUUUUUUUAUACACCACAUCUUUUUUUUUUUUAGCAGAGAAGACAUACUGCAUUGGCACUGGAUUAAAAUUUUCUUAUGUUAUGCUUAA